AUGGUGUCCAAAUUGACGCACCUCCAAGUGGAGUUGCUCGGUGCGCUCCUGGAGUCCGGCGUAAGUAAAGAGACGCUGAUCAAAGCACUGGGGGAACCGGUGGCGUCCGAUGCGAAUGCCGCCGCCGUGACAGAAAAAGGCAACCACUGCUGCCCGGAAAUGGCGUCCCUCGCCAAUGGGAUGGAUGACGGCGAGGAGGACGCGUCCGACGACGGCGAAGACGACUUCACGCCACCCAUCAUGAAGGAGCUGGAGAACCUGAGCCCCGAAGAAGCUGCGCACCAGAAAGCGGUCGUCGAAAGGCUCUUGCAAACCAUCAUGCACCAGGUGUCGCCCCCCGGGCUCUGUGCGUCUGCAUCCACAUCGGAGGCCAAGAUGAUUUCCGUAUCCGGCGGCAGCGUUGGCGGCGCUCUCCCUCCAGUCAGCACCUUGACCGCUUUGCACAGUUUGGAGCAAAACCCGCACGCUCUCAGCCAGCAGACGCAGAACCUCAUCAUGGCGUCGCUCCCGGGCGUCAUGGCCAUAGGUGCCGGUGGCGACGCAUCCUUCGCCAAUGCUGGCGCAUCCGCGUUGGUCAUCGGCCUGGCGUCCACUCAGCCGCAGAGCGUACCGGUCAUCAACAACAUGGCCAGCAGCUUGACCACUCUCCAGCCGGUCAAUUUCUCGCAGCCGCUGCAUCCAUCGUACCAACAACCCAUAAUGCAACAGGUCCAGGGUCACUUGAACCAGAGUCCGUUCAUGGCCACCAUGGCGCAGAUCCAGGCGCCGCACGCGUUCUACGGACACAAGCCUGAAAUGGCGCAGUACGCACACGCCAGCCUCCUGCCGCAGACGAUGGUCAUCACGGACACGGCCAACCUCAGCGCUUUGGCCGGCUUGACCCCGACGAAGCAGGUUUUCGCCACCGAAAACACGGAGACGCACGCGGAGAUCCACACGCCGCCCGGUCAAGCAUCUGGCAGCAUCCAUUUGCAGAGCCAGGACGCUGCCAAUGCCGCCGCCGUUCAGCAUCUCCAACCAGCGCACCGCCUCGCGUCCAGUACAGCAGUUUCGUCCAGCAGCUUAGUACUUUACCAAAGCGCCGAAUCCACCAACAACCAUUUGCUGCCGUCGCCGCCACCGCCAUCACACGGCGUCAUUGAGGCGUUUAUCUCAACGCAGCUGGCUUCGCCGUCGCAGUGACUGUUUACCGAUUGCGCAAAAGUCCUUUCGAAACGUACGCAAAAUCGCAACUAUGGCAGGAGUUGGAUGUGGUUUCAUACCGACGCGACGCGGUUCUGGGAUCUGUACGGGUUUCUUCGUGAUGUAUUCGCUGUUUCUCCGUCGGAAAAUGCGCGGAUUUUGUUCCGAUGCGUGGAAUUAUUUAAAAACGUUGUGUAUAAAAAUAAACCGGGAAAUGUUAAAA